AUGACGGCCCAGAAGGUGAGAUUUAAUGUUGGAGGUAGAAUCAUUGAAACGACUGCAACAACUCUAGCAACUGCACGCCGAGAUUCAAUGUUUGGAGCUAUGUUUGACGAUGAAUGGAAGCUUCAACCAAGAGGAGAUGAAUUAGUUAAACCAGAAGAAAAAGAAUACUUCAUUGAUCGUGACCCAGAUUGUUUUUCUGUUCUUCUCAAUCUUUUAAGGACGGGUAAGCUUCAUGUGCCUUCUAACAUACCUGAAAAAUUACUCUAUAUGGAGGCUAAUUAUUAUGGCCUUCUUGAUCAUGUUAGAACUGCAAAGUGGGGUGAUUUUGAUAGCAACAGGUUAAGAUUAGCGAGUACGGUCAGUGGUCAAGCUCCUGGUAAUUGUACUGCGAUCAGAGCAAGUCCCGACGGAGGUUGUGCUGUUGCUCAUGGUGGCAUCGUUCGUGUAUAUGACUGGAUGCUCGAAGAACAUCCACCGCUAAAUCUUGAAUAUCAAAGUGUUAAUGAUAUUGGGUGGAUGGAUUCAGAUAAAAUAGUGAUGAGUGUUCGCCAAAACUCGACCAGGCAUCCGGGAAUGGGUGUUUUCAGUUCUUUAACGGGGGAACUGAGGCACAGGUUUCAGUUGGGCGACGGAAAAGAUCAGGUCAAAGGCUUUGCUGCGGGAGCUUUAUGUUUUAACUCUGAUAGUAACAAGGUACUUGCUAGUUGUAGAGAAACAAGUAAUGAAGGAAUCUGGGAGUGGCAUCAAGUAACCGGAAAACUAACUGAAACAAGUAAUCAAGGAAUCGGGGUGUGGGAUCAAGUAACCGGAAAACAAUUCUCCCCUUUUUGUCAGUAA